AGCUACAGAGACUUGAUUCUUCCUGUCCGCCUUCGUCUUGAUAAUGUACCUCUGUUGUGUCGCAGCUCAUCGAAUUAGGCCCCCUCUCCCCGAAUCCAAAUUCUAUAUUUUAAUCGAAUUAGAUGUUAAUUUGUGUCAUUGAGAUUUAUUCUGCUACUGUGAGACGCAUAUUUUUCUACAAGCUUCUCUGCAGCAACUACAACACUCUCGUCGUCUCCCAUAUAUACCAACUUCCCGUGCUCUUCUUUCCCCCUCCCCCUCGCUUCUGCUUCGUUUCUAACAUGUCCAUGAACCCCCUAGCGCGACAUCAUCCGCAAGCUUGGACUUGGGAGGAGUCUCCCAUGAUCAACCCACGCCAGUACUUCCAUUACACGUACCGAGUAGGGCAGGAAGGAGUCGAGCAUGAGAGGGAGCAUAUGUUUGAGAAGCCCCUGACUCCAAGCGACGUAGGCAAACUCAACAGAUUGGUCAUACCGAAACAGCACGCUGAGAAGUACUUCCCCCUCGACGGCGACUCGGGCGAGAAAGGCCAUCUUUUGAGUUUCGAGGACGAGUCUGGCAAGCCAUGGCGGUUCCGCUACUCGUACUGGACCAGUAGCCAGAGCUACGUGCUGACCAAGGGCUGGAGCGGCUUUGUCAAGGAAAAGAGGCUCGAUGCUGGCGACGUCGUCUUCUUCGAGCGUCUUCGGCACCGCGGCGACCGGUUCUACAUUAGUUGCAGGCGGCGCAGUGAAGAUGAGAGCCCACCGGCAGCUUGCACUUUGACCAUGGCCAACGCGGCAGCUCCGUGGAUCCCCAUGUGCUACACGGCGAGAGCUUCAUCGACCACGAGACUCGCUCUUCGCGCAGAUGACGAGGUUGAUGUAGUGAGAAGCAAGGCGAUGGGACGUCCGACUCACUCUAAGCGUUUGAGAUUGUUUGGCGUCAAUUUAGACUGCGUGCCGGAGCUAGAGACGCAGUUGGUUCUUGCCCCAGAAACAGGGCAAGUUCAUGCCCACCAAAACCUCUAGAUAUCAACUGCAGGUUGCCAAUUCAUCCGUCUCCUAAGAGGACGAAGAAUGCUACUUAUUUCUGAUUCUUGUUGCUUAACGUAGUACAUUUUGCUCUGAAACUAGUUUGUGGUUGCAUGCUUAGGAGUAGAUGGAUGAGGGAGGAUGUUGUGGAGGAAGUGAAGUGGAAGAGAGAUGAGGAGAUCCGAGGCCAUGUUCCCAAACUCCACCAACCUACCCUCCCCUCUCCCAAGUGACGUUUUGGGUUGACUCGACCACCCUGUACGGGCCCUGUCGGUCGAUGUCCUCAUGGAUGGGAUACUACUUACCGGGUGAGAUCUCAGGAAACAUCAGAUCGAAAGGAAACAGCAGCAGUACCUCUAGAUAACCUUAGCCAAUGUUCUUAUAUUUGUAAUCCUCUCAAAAAGAAAGAAAAAGAAGGAAGAGAUCAUCUUGUGGUAA